CUCUUCCUUUUAGUACCUACUCCGCGUAAAUGUGUGUUGCUUAUGAGCGACACUGCCCACCCACGGAGCUCAUCAGCUCUCACCGGAGUGCGUGGAACUCAAGCCCCCGGCCCGGCCGCCGAAGAAUAGCCGUCGUUAAAUAUUCAUCCUCAGUUCCCGGUGGCACAUUUCUCCCUGCAGACCGACCCCUGCUGCUUUGAGCUCAUGCCAGACGAGCAGAAAAGGCGUGGAGCGGCGUGGGCAAUUAGGAUUAGGAAAAUGUAAAAAAAAGGGGAUUUUUUUUUUUGUCUUCCCUCUUCUUUUUUUUUACCUCUAGGCUUAGAGGAUGGGGAAACGUGACUACGGAGCACCGGUGACGUGAAAGUCUUCCUGAGGAGCCUUCAUGGGGGCCAGAUUUGAGCAGUGUGGAGCUGCGAAGAACAGGUGGAUUUCUUCUCAAACUAAUGGUGAACCCUCACAUAGUCCCAGUGGAAAAUCAUACAGUCACAUCUAAAGCAAGUAAUAUUUUAAAGGUCAACAUAAUUGAUUCUUGUACUGGGGGCAUGGUGUAACUGAUCAAAAUGCCUGGCAAGAAAGAUACUAAAAAGGACACCAAGAAAGGUGGGAAAGCCGAACCGGAGAAAAAAAAGGAGGAUGAGAAGAAAGCAAAAGAUGACAAAAAGGGUGGAAAGGAUGAGAAAAAGGGAGGAAAGGAUGACAAAAAGGGUGGAAAGGAUGAUAAGAAAGGGGUUAAGAAGGGAAAAGAGGAGCCAUCCAAAGGAAAAGAUAAUGGGAAAAAAGGAAAAGACAAAGGGAAAGGUAAAAAAGUGGAGUCAGAAGAGGAAGAGGAGGAGCUACUGAGUGAUGAAGAAGAGGAUGAUGAGUUCAGUGACGAAGAUGAUGAGGAAGAUUCAGAGGAUGACAAAAAGAGAAAAGGGAGAGGCGGCAAGGCAGGUAAAGACAAGAAAGGUGGGAAAUCUAGACGUGGUGACGACUCUGAAGACGAAGAUGAAGACUACGAUGAUGAAGAAGAGGAGGAUGAUGAAGAUGAAGCAGCUCACAGCAAAUCUAAAAAGAAAUCUAAAGAUGAUCGCCACCAUAAAGGAGGAAAAUCUGACGUGGAUGCAAAAAAGAAAAAAGGCAAAAAGGAGGAACCACCGCCUCCAGUUAAAGAAAUUCCAAAGAAAGGUCUGAAGAACAUGUCACAAAUGUUCAUGAAGUUUUCCGGCAUCAAAAGGCGCAAGAACAGUGUAAAGAAACUGAAAAGCACAUCACGUUUAUUCCUUGGUCUGGGAAGGAGGAAGAGCCGGCUUGCUAAGAAAAAACGGCGCAAGUCUAUGAUGAAAAACACCUCUCGGUUUAUGAUGAAAUUUAAAAGCAGCCAAAAGAAAAAAAAGGAGAAAGAGGCAAAAGAGAAGGCAGCAGCCAAUGGUGGGAAAAAACCAACAUACAUGUUACUUCGUCUCGGUGGAAAUUCAAACAAGAAAAAAGGGGGCUUCUUUAGAGGUCUAUUUAAAAAGCAAGAUGGCACCAGUGACGACUUCAAGAACAGUAGUGUGCUAUUAGGUAAGGUUGCUGCGGCGACUAAUUGGCUUACCAAACGAUUUCUGUCAAAAAAGAUGCAAGAAAACUCAAGGCAUCACGGUUUAGGGGAUCGUAGAGGAAAUGCACGGCAUUCCAGCUCCAGACGGUUUCUGCACGGUUACCACAACAAUGGUUAUGAGUUUGAGGAGGAAGAUUACGGUUACGACCACCAACAUGUAGUUGACCAGAACAGUUACAUGUAUGAAGAUGGCUAUGGUGAUUAUGGAGUUGAGUCAGUGCCAGGAUAUGGAAGACAGGGUCAGUAUGGUUACUUUGAGGAUGAGAUGGGAGGUGCAGACUAUCAAGAUCUAGGCUACUAUGAGGAAGAUGAACUAUAUGAUCCAAAUGGCGAAUAUUAUGAUAAUGGACUUUAUAAUUACAAUGACCCUUAUUCCUCCUCUCAAGGGUAUUAUGACACCCAGGAUGCGAAUUAUCAUGGGUACCAGCAACAACAAGCAGUGUAUGGUGAUGAAGCCCUGGACUACUAUUCUCAAAUGAAUAUGGGUCAUAUAUAUGGAGGGGAGAUGGGAGGAUUUCUCGAUCCUCAGACUCAUGUCUAUUAUGAUGAAAAUGGUCAGGGAGCUUACUAUGCAAAUGGCCAACUGGAUUACUCUGACACUGGGCAAGCAGUUUAUUAUGGGGAUCCUUAUACAACAACUAUGGGAAUGCAGGGAGGAUUUCAACCAGACUAUCAGCUUGGAUAUAACGAGAAUGGUAUGCAAUACCAAGACUUGAGCUCCCAGCACCCUACAUACCCAUUGGGAGGCCAACAGGUCUUUGGGUUUGAAGGGUCAGAUAUAGAUAAUGUAGAUAGCCUGAUGAAUCCACCUGGGGAUGGCUUUGGUGGAAUUCAGCAGGGAGACGUUACAUUUAGAGUUCCUAGACCUCAAGUGCGCCUGUUUGGAAAAGAGCGACUAGAUGUUCCUUUGCCUCCUCCACCUACUUUGCCUCCCGAUCCAGAGUUUGAAGACAUGUCAGAUAUCCAGUAUGAAGACCAGUUUCCUCUUGCACCUUAUCAAUUUGGAGAGAUGAUGUCAUUUCAGCAGCAAAUCCCAGUACCAGAGCAACACAUGCCUAUGUUUCCUGUUCAACAGCAACAAAUUAUGUCAACACAACAGGUAAUGUCCCCACAGCAGCAGCAGAUGAUGUUUCAACAAGAGAGUAGCAUGUUGCCUCAAAUGAUGCCUACACAGAUGUCACCACAACAGCAGAUGAUGUUUCAACAAGAGAGUAGCAUGUUGCCUCAAAUGAUGCCUACACAGAUGUCACCACAACAGCAGUUGAUGCCCCAGCAAAUUAUGUCACCACAGCAGCAGAUGAUGCCAGAGCAGUUGUUCCAACAGCAACCAAUGUCUCCACGACCAAUUUCGCCACAGAUGAUGACAGACCCAAUGAUGAUACCACAGCCCCAGGGUUACAACCUCCCUACAAUCCCAACACCAACAGCCAUGAUCAUUAAACAAGCAAGCAUGUCUCCUCUUCCUGCACGGCGCAUGCAACCAUCUCCAACUCCAUCUCGCCACUCUGUCAUCAUGCCAUCUCCACAAAUGCAACGACAUCCUGCUGCCAUGGGUUUGCCAUCACCCACCCCUGUGGUUGCACAAAGACAGAUCCCCUCCCCACAACCUUCUAUGAGGGGUGGGUUCAUUAAUGCUCAAAGACCUCAAUCUGUUUUGUCUAGGCAGAUUUCCCCUCCUGCUUCUCCUAUGGUGUCUCCAGUUCUCCAUCGGAGAGUGCAGCCUCGAAGGUCACCUUCUCCUCUGGCUCGAGCACCUUCACGCCCCCAUUCUCCCCAUGCCUCCAUAAUUCGUCGUAGUCCUCCACCUUUGGAGAUAGGACCAAUGAGGCAGCAUUCUCCCCCAACGUCACCCCGUGUUUCCAUGAGGAUGCGAACUCCCCAGCCAUCACCCACUCCUGCUCGUAGUCCAUUCGGAGGGAGAAAGAUGCAGGAAGCAUCUUCACCUCCCCUCUCCCCUGGUCUUGCAACCGGUCCUCGCUCUCCUCAGCUAAGUCGAAGGCCUUCACCAUCUCCUUCUCACCGAAGUUUAUCUCCUGCUGGGGCUCAACCAGCCCCAUCCUCUCCUACGCUUUCUCGUCGCUCAACUCGGCUGCUCAGGGACCCCACACCAUUAGCCAGGCCUAGGGCAUUAGGAAAUGUUCCUUUAGGUACUGUCAGGCCCUCCCCCAUGGGUCUUAGAGGGCGUCCAGUGCCCCCACCCACGCAGAAUGUGCGUCCAUUUCGUGCCUCUUCUGUAAGAAGUAAUAGAUCUUCUGUUCUUACCAUAGACUCCUCUCUUCACUCUUCUCCUUUCCAUUCACCUCUUAUGGGCCACCGCGUUCCCCUGGCGAGGAGAGAAUCUGGCCGUCCCCGUUUUCGUCCCAUUGCUCGAGGGCGUCCCCUUAGGGCCCAGCAGUCAUUAAGAAGCAUGCCUCCUCCCUCCCCGCAGCCCUCCCUUAAGCACAUGUCACGCAGUCCAUCCCCACGCUUCUCUCCUCGACUGAAUCGGCACUCCUAUGUGUCAGGUCCCUAUGCUGAUCCUUACACUGAGUCGUCUCAACAAUUUGUUGCCCCCUCUACUCCCAGGUUAUCUCGUGCUUUGCAAAACCAGUCAGUGAGAGAAGCAUCCUACAUUUCUCCACUUCAGAGACCUCAGUCUCCAUAUGCCUCAUCUGUACCGUCAUCUCCAUUGCUCUCUGGAGCCAUGAGAAAUAGUCAGGCAAUCAGAGGUGUGGCUUCUUAUCAAACGCCACAGUUACAAUCCCAGUAUGGACCAACUGUUGUUAUGCCAUAUGAUUACAUCUCUGAGCCUGGCCCAGCACCAUUGCUUCAAGAUGCACUGCAAAACCAAACUGGUUUAACACUACACCCUUACGCUGAUCUGUCACAACAAUUUGGUGGCCCUUCUUCUCCCAUGUUAUCCCGUUCUUUGCGUAGCAAAGGUAUUCGACCAGAUGCUUAUACAGCCCUUAGACCAGAGGCAAUCCAAAUGGAAGGCAUGGGUCAGAUGGCUCCAGAAUUAGUAGAACCUCAUGAUCCUACACUGCAGAGACCAAUGUCACCUUAUGAGCAGCCUUUGCUACCUCCUUCACAAAUGCUGUCUGGAGCUCUGCAAAAUCAAGCAGUGAGGGAAGCAUCCUAUAUUUCUCCGCUUCAGAGACCUCAGUCUCCAUAUGCCACAUCUGUACCGUCAUCUCCUUUGCUUUCUGGAGCCAUGAGACACAGUCAGGCAAUGAAAGGUGUGGCUUCUUAUCAAACCACACAGUUUCAAUCCAUGUAUGGACCAACUCCUGGUACACAAUACGAUUACAUUUCUGAGCCUGGCCAAGCACCAUUGCUUCAAGAUGCACUGCAAAACCAAACUGGUUUGCGUAAUAUGUCUGCUUUAAAAUCUCCUAUGAUGCAACGUCGGAAUCCUUAUGCCCCAGCUGGGCCUCAGCUCCACAGUGCUCUUCAGCAGAACCCAAAUCUCCGCCAGGCAUCCUUUCAGACACCUAUGCAACUCAGAAGGUCCUCAGUUGUACCUCAGUCACCCUCUUCUCCAAUGUUGGGUAGAGCUCUUCAGAACCCACAGGUGAUGCAGGCAUCAUACCGGCUUCCAGAGAGAACCUUGAUGAGUCCUUAUCCAAAUCCUCGAUCUUCACCAUUGCUUGGUCAUGCACUGCAAAACCAACAAGUCCGGAGUGCCUCAUACCUAAUGCCUGAUGGAUCAGUUAUCAGAGAUCCUCGUUUACUUCAGAUGCCAAUGUCACCUAACCUUUCUGGAGCUCUCCAAAACCAGCAUCUCAGGACAGCUUCAUAUACUCUUCGCGAUGGCACCAUUGUAGAUCCUAGACAAAAACCUCCUAUUUCCCCAAACCUUAGUAGGGCCUUGAACAACUCAGCCAUACGUGAAGCUUCAUAUUCCCUUCCUGAUGGUACCAUUGUGAUAGAUUCCAAAACGGAAAAGACACCCAACCUUACAGCAGCACUUCAGAACCCUUACCUGAAGAGUGCUUCAUACACCCUCCCAGAUGGCACUAUCAUCAUUGAUCCACGGAAACCUACCUCACCAAACCUGUCUAAUGCUCUUCAACAAUCGGCAUUGCGGAAUGCCUCAUUCACACUACCACAAGGAGUUCGGGACCCAAAUAUUCCAGUGUCACCAAAUCUGGCAAAGGCCCUAGGUAACCAAGCCUUGAGAGCUGCUUCGUACACCCUUCCAGAUGGAACUAUUAUUGUGGACCCGAGGAAGCCAAAGAGUCCAAAUCUAACAGCAGCCUUGCAGAAUCCAUAUCUAAAAGGCAUAUCUUAUGCUCUGCCUGAUGGAACCAUCAUCAUUGACCCAAGAAAACCAGCUGGCCCUAAUCUAUCCAAAGCUCUUCUGAACCAGAACGUUCGCACUGCAACGUACCAGCUCCCUGAUGGUUCUUUAGUUUUGCCUGGCCAGAAACCGUCCUCUCCAAACCUGGCUGCUGCUCUUAGGCAGAAUCGGGGACUCCGUUCUACUGAUCUGUACCAUCUCUCUGACACCUCCGUCUUGUCAGGUGUACCCAAACCUACCAGCCCCAAUGUUGCCUCUGCACUGCAGAAUGAUGAACUGCGUGGUGUCACUUACAGGCUUCCAGAUGGCUCUCUUCUCACACGUCGGUUCCACAAUCCAAAACUGUCCGAUGCCAUCCAAAACCAGCAGCUUCGUUAUGCUUCGUACACUGUGCCAACAGAACUUCAGGGGGAGGACCAUCGCUAUGCCGUGAUACCUCCGUACGGGCCGCGAUCGGGCCACUGGGCCAGGAACGUCAGAGGUGGAGAUGAAGGUGGGGACGAUGUUUGGGCAGCCGAGAGGGUUUUGCCGCAUGGGACGCUUCAGAAUUUGUCAAAAUGGUCCAUGUACAAAGAAGAUGGGGUAAUGGAUGGAUAUUCGCCAAGCCCUCGGGUUGCGGACAAACAGCCUCAGAACCUAGAGUGGACUCCUGGCAGAGCUAGAGUACCAGGCCAAAGCUGGUAUGACAAGAUCUAUUCCAUAAUAAGCAUGCCCACAACAGGCCACAGAGUUGUACGCUGGGCAGAGGGAAUGGAAGACAUGACUCAGCUCCCGUAAGCACAAUUCAAACCCAAUAUAAAUGUUGCGCAUUUACUCCUGUUACACUCUUUUAACCAUUAUGUAAUUUGAAAAAGCCAUAGCCUUUAAGUUUCAUCAAGCAUUAAUUUACUGUGUGUGACCCACUUCAGUAGGAGCUUAUUUG